CGCUGUGAGACUGUUGUCUGCCAAAACCAGGGCACCUGUGUCGUCGACGGAGACAAGGCCAGUUGCCUCUGCUCGGCCGGAUUCACCGGAUCCCGAUGCCAACUUGGUCAGUGUCAAUUAGUUUUCCGUCGAAAGGGUGCGGCCGGAAUGUACACCCUCUGAAGCCAAACUUAACCAGCAAAUGA